AUGUCAGACAUUCGGCUAAAUGCUUCAUCCUGCUCGCAGUCUUUCCAUGAGCUUUGUACCUCGCUCCGCGAAGCAGCACCAGCUAUUCGAAAUUUGCUUCAACCUUCCAGCCUCGAAGAUGAGUACGGACGGUUUAGAGUCUGGGCCGCCAAUCUGGGCGUGCUCCAAAAGGGUCAUAGCUCGCUUGACUACAGAUUGCGGGCGUCACCGUUACUGAACACGAACGUUAUCAAGCUGCUCAAGGAGCUGCAACUGAAUUUAAAGGAAGCAAUUGCAGUUGUUCGUGGCUCGAGGUUGCCCUACGAGCAGCAGGCGGAAGACUCCAACGAUACUGAUAGCGAUGUAUCCGAUGACUCGUCCGUAGUAGACAGCAGCAAUGGAGAAGGGCCACAAACGGAGCUGGAGCAGCGCUUCCUGGAGUUGACCGACAUCAACGACAACUUGUAUAAGCUGUCCAUAAGCAUUCGAACCCCUACGUUGGCGUCACGUUCCUUAAAAGCAGGAACUUUCAAACAAGUUGACAGAGAGACGAAUAUCGAUGUUUUCUCUGGUAUUCAUGGAUACGCCGCCUUUGAUCGACGGUUUACACGUGAAGUUGCGAAGGAUCUUCGUCGAACUGCGGGCAACAAGCUUCAAGAGGAUGACUUUUUGAUUGAGCGGCUUGCGCGAGCAAUCACGAAGCGUCGGCAACACUUCAGGUAUUGGCGGAAGCACCGCGAGAAGCUCGCUGAUCUCCCAAAAGACGAUGCGUACACAUCCAGAGCGACCGAAACGCAGGACCAAGCCGAUGUGAGGAACAUUUCUCGUGAGGUAGAGCAGCUCCCGGAAGCCAUAAAAAUUGAUUGCGUCCCGGCAAGUGAGGCGGCGACUAAAACUCUCAUGUCUGGCACCGAAGCUACUGCGCACCAUCGCACGCUGGACGACGCAGUUGACAGCCAAUCCGUGACAUCAAUUGCGACAACCACACGAGAUGUCAGCGGUCCCACUGUUGAUCUACCUCCACCUCCAACGUCCGCUACCGGACGCACAUACUCCAAGAUCUCCAACCUUACGUGUGUACGUACAGCGACUGCGCUGAUCCUGAACAAUUCUUUCGAACCCGUCGUGAAUGGACAGAUCACGAAAGCUGCGUACAUCGGAAGCUUUGGAGAUGUCCGGCACAUUCAGAUUGCGUGUAUAAAUCUCCUGCAGCCUUCGAGAACCACAUCCGCGCAAGCCAUCCAGAACUUCUCUCAGAGCAGCAAAUCCGCAGUUUACUUUCUGUGGGGGAGACUACCGGUAUCGAUGAGCGUAAAUCUUGUCCUACUUGCCGCCUUUGCGCUUCCAAGAGAUGCUCAGACCGCAGAAGAUUGCUCUGGAGCCUCCAACGACGCCUUACAAGGUCGCAGCGGCACCGGUUGGUCAUCCAGGGAGAAGAGUUCAAACACAAGUGUAGAGCUUGCGGAUCUGAAUGGUCGAGCAAGGUCAGCGAAGCUCACUACGGACGAAGCAAGCCCCAUCCAAGAAGUCGAAGACCUUCAAUCUCUUGCAUGGUCAGCUUACAGAAAUUAUGUGGACGCUUACAAGCUCUCCAAAGACGCUUACACCGUCUUCGAUGACCCUUCGCCAGAAUUACGCCACCUCAGCAUGUCUAUGUUAGGUCUUCACAUUGCUCUGAAGGACCUUGCUGAAGGAUGGCGCGGUGAUUUGAUACGGUCCGAACAUGCUAGUGCCAUCUGGUCCUGGAGAGCACUGCUUGCUAAGACUGAUAGCUUUCUAAGUCAACCCGCUGCUCUGGCCUCUCCGGCGAAGCUGACCAAGGCUGAGACAGAAUUGACAUCUUUGACGGCAAUAGUUCGGAGUCUAACAGCAGAAUGCAGAAAGUUGAAGGCUGAGGGCUCUGGCACAGAAUUAUCCGUAGAAGCUCUCAAACAAGUGCCGGACGCAACUCUCGAUAAGUUGCGCUCGUUAGGACUUCUAAGCGCUGCACCGGAUGAAACUUCUAGUCUAUCAGAAACGGCAGUCCUACCGGUCGAGCCUCCAGUUCCUGCACAAACGCCAUCCCCAAACUUAGACAGAGAUUCUUCUGCUCCGCUGACUCUGAACAUGAUACCCACGAUUUCUGAGCUGUAUCGCCGCCUGCAGUUGAAUCCAGUGCGGGCGAAGAAGCCGCCAGAUGCGACCUUCAAUCAAAAGAUCUCAGUUUUUCUGUCCGAUUUGACGGAGCUCCAAGUCGAUGCCAUUGUCAACCCUACCGAUAGGUUGCUGGAAAAUUCUCGGGAUAUCGGUACACUAAACUACCGGGUGCAUACCGCGGCUGGUCCUGAUUUAGAGCGUCAAUGCAGAGCGAUCGGUGUUUGUGAGGUCGGGGACGCGGUAAUCACCCUGGCCUACGGUCUACCUUGUCGAAGAGUCAUCCACGCCGUGAGGCCAUAUUACAGGAGAUCUGGCGGCGGAAAGGAUCACGAACGUCUCCUAUGGAGCUGCUAUAUGAGAUCCUUAGAGAUAGCGAUAGCAAACGGUCUUAAGAGCAUAGCGUUCCCAACUCUUAGCGCAGGUGGAUACCGUUUCCCAACCGAAGAAGCUGCUCUAUGCGCCAUCGGCGCCAUUCGUGAGUUCCUCGAUAGUGGCUAUGGAGAGAGCCUGGAAAGAAUCAUAUUCUGCGUCUUCACGAAUGAGGAUUAUGACUGUUACCGGGACUCCAUUCCGCUCUACUUCCCUCCAACUGAUCUCGUUUCUGAGACUCACCAUGCGAGCGUGACUGAAAGUGAGGGCAUUGCGCUUGGUCCAAGGCCGCAGCAGGAGCUGGACUUCCCACUAGAGGAUGACCUGGAGCUCACACCGGAGAACCAUGAGCGCUGCAUAGAUUGCCAGCUUCAAACACCCCGGCUGCCAGAGCAGGAGGAGCAGCCAGACACAGAGAGCAUGCUCAAGUCACGCGACGCUCGCGUUGGGAUUGUCGAACCGGCAAAGGCGUUCUCGCCACCACAUCCUGUCAAGGGGAUACUCCGAAAACCUACAAAGGAAUUUCCUGAAGACCUGAAUCCGACUGUGGAAGGCGUUGCGCUCCUAAAAGACGCAAAGAAGGACAAGAACAUCCCACGUGGCGCUCGCUGGACCAAGAUCGACCGCAAACUCGUCAGCCCCCAAGCGCUCGAGGAGGCCAACGAACGGUUCGUGGAGCGCAUGGACUCGGUGAUCGUGCUCCGGGUUCUCACGAAAGCGGAGAUUCAGAAGUUCGCAGAUCGCACGGCAGAGAUCAGCAGCCGCAAUCAAAGUUCAGCAGGCAAGAUUUUUCCGGCCGGGCAAGGACCUUCAGGCACAUUUGACCAUGGUGACUCCCAAGGCCGCAUCACGUACGACCGCACGGCCGAUCCGGAGUCCAGCUUGGCGACGCUCUCCUUGUUUCUUAAGACCGCUAUUUUCUCCGUCAAUGAUAGCCAUGCUAUCAUCCAAUCCAAGUACGGUGUUGACGAAGGCAUCGAAUCUUUACGCUCUACGCUACUGAAUCUCGCCUUGGUUGUUGAAGACCUGAAAGAGCAUUGCAACAGCCUUAGAGAGGGACAAGUUCCUCUACAUUGGUCUGGCAUUAUCCGCUCAACAGCCCUUCUCUUGGCAAGAGACUUGGAACAUCUGCAUGAGGAUAUCUCGGCCAUGACUCCCCUCGCACAGCGCAUCGAGUCCAUGCCUUCGGGGUACAAGCACUCGGUGACUGCUGCUGCAGGACAACCCUCCCUUGGCGCUCAGGACGGCCCUGUGAUGGAAUUUUUUGAAGCCGUAUCAAGGCUUCUUCCAACAACGUUGAAGUUGUACACCCGGUUGUCUCAAAGGCUCAAGCUCGUCCAUACGCAAAACCGAGACAUCGACCGGCUGCGCGACACUCUAACAACGCUAGCAUAUCUCAUGGCGGACAUCCGAGAUGAUUAUAGCAUCCUUGGUACAGCACGCACUUCCGUCGCAGAGGAGCUGCAGAGCUCGACCACGGGCAUUAUGGGUGUCUUGAAUGAGCUCCAAGUUGAGGUAGCGAAAGAAUACGAAUGGACCAGAGAGCAUACCUCAUAUAUCCCACGUCUCACUCCAGCCAAGAUAAGUUCUUACGAGAGGCAGCUCUCAAUAGGUAGAUCAGACUUGGCCAUCCUGCGGGAGCAAAUGCAGCUGGAACUUGCCAACUUUCAACAUACGACUUCUGAAAUCGCACCAGAAAGUGCUCCUCAAGCCAGCAGCGCUGCAAAAUCCGCAAAGCAAGAAGGCUAG